AUGAGCCUUAGCCAAGGAUCCAAGUCUGUCCUUGAAUAUCAACAGAUCUUUGAGGAGUAUUUCUACUUUGCUUUGACACACUUGAAGAUUGAGGAAGUGAAAGCAAGAAGGUUUGAAAGGGGGCUUAGAGCCAACUUGAGUACUUCUGUGGUACUACAUAAGUACCCUACUUAUGCAGAAGUGGUUCAAGCCGCCAAAUUGAUAGAAGAUCAACAGAGGGAGAAUUAUAGGGCCAUACAAGCUAGUAAGAUGCCAAUGCCAUCUCAUGACUCUAGGGGACCUAAUAAGUUCCAGAGGAGAGAGGCUUACACGAAUGUAGCUCCAAUUCAGUCCCGUAGACCUGAUGUGGCCCAGGUGCCUAAAUCCACAUCUGCUCCUUAUUAUGGGCCCCAAACUCUUGUUUGUUACAAUUGCAAAGAAUCUGGUUAUAUGGUUAAGGAUUGCCCACAACCUCGACGACCAGGUUCAUGGCCAGCUGUGACUCCCAAGGCGCCCCUAGCCAAGACUGCUGUUCGCCCACUCAUUUCUCCUCCAGCAAGCAAGACUCAUGGGAGAGUAUAUUCUAUCACUUAUGAAGAAGCCCAGUCUGACCCUGGUGUCAUCAUAGGCAUGAUUUCUGUGUGCUCCUUACCUGCAUAUGUGUUAUUUGACUCGGGAACGUCGCACUCCUUUAUAUCACCUUCGUUUGCUGAGAAAUUAUCAAUUGAACUGGCCAGUAUGGAACAAAAGCUGAUAGUUUAUACACCGACUGGAAGCAAGGUCGAGCUUGACCAAGCCUUCAACUCUUGCCCUGCUCGAGUAAGCGACCAUGGACUUGAGGCCAGUUUGAUAAUUCUAGAUAUGAGGGACUUUGAUAUCAUUCUGGGAAUGGAUUCGUCGUCCACACAUGGAGCUAGCCUAAUCUGCGCAGAGAGGAAGAUACUCUUCAAGUCAGAGGAAGGCAAUGAAUUUGUGUUCAAGGGCAACAAAAGUAAAAAGCCUAGAAAGACAAUCAUUUUGGGUCUCCAAGUACAGAAGCUCUUAGCGCAAGGUUGUCAAUGCUACUUAGCCUCCAUGUUGGACACUGAAGCUAAGAUUACACCUAUGGAAGAGAUAAGUCAAGUGGCUUUCUUAGGUCAUCUAGUUUCUGCUAAGGGUAUUGAAGUUGACCCUGGUAAGGUACAGUCCGUAGUUGACUGGGAGACACCCAAGAGUGUUACAGAUAUUCACAGUUUCCUCGGUCUAGCUAGCUAUUAUAGGAGAUUUAUCGAGAAUUUUUUAAAGAUCUCUGCUCCUAUGACUCGACUGUCUCGGAACGGAGUGAAGUUUAAGUGGUCAGAUGACUACGAGAGGAACUUCCAGGAUUUGAAGCAACGAUUGAUUUCGGCUCUGGUACUUACCAUUCCAAAUGGUACCGAAGGGAUAGUAGUUUAUUGUGAUGCUCCAAAGAUGGGCCUCAGCUGUGUUUUGAUGCAGAAUGAAAAAGUGGUAGCCCAUGCUUCUUUUCAAUUGAAGGAUUAUGAGAGGAAUUACCCAACUCAUGACUUAGAGUUGGCGGCUGUGGUCAAGUAUGGAGAUGGCAGAGGGGUCAGAGAUGAUGAGGAUGACAGUGAUGAUGACCUCGAGUUCAUGGGUUCUGGACCAUCUGCAGCAAGAACUUCAGGUGCACCAGGGGGUGGAGGUGACAUCUUGAUGGCUAUCAGGCGACUGAACCUGAGGGUGGUAGAUGGCUUUGAUGAAGUCAAGAAGCAACUCUCCAACUAA